AUGAAUCAAGGCUACAGAAGAAAUCGGUGAGUUAAAAUAAAUAAAAGGAGUUUGAAAAAACAUAAUACAUGAAAUAUUUUCAGAUUGACAGUUGAUAUUGUCUUCACAGAUGGUGCUUGUCCAGGAAAUGGACAACGUGGAGCUUCCGCUGGAUGGGGCUUUUUUUGGCCAAAGAGUGGAGUCGAGGGAUGUGGUCGAGUUCCAGGUCAACAAUCGAAUAAUCGAGCCGAGUUGUAUGCAGUUUAUCGAGCUCUUCAAGUGGUUAGUUUUUAUUUUUUCGAUAACGGAGUACGGUACCUAUAAUUUGUGUGCAUACACGGCGACGCACAAAUGCGUACCCAAUUUGAGUUGUUCUUUCUUGCAACACUAAGCGAAGGAAUCCUAAUUUUCAGGCUCUCGAUCAAGAUCACCCUCCAGACGUUGUUAUCGUUAAAACCGAUUCGGAUCUUCUCAUCAAAACAAUGACAGAUUACAUCUACAGAUGGCAACGAAACAAUUGGCAAACAACAAAUCGAACUCCAGUCAAAAAUCGAGAUGUUGUUGAAUGGAUUGAUGAUUUGCAAAAUGAAUUCAACGAGGUAUUUAUUGGUGUUUUGUGAAGCGAAUUGAAGUUUAAAAGAAUUGAAUUCAGGUGAUCUAUGAGUAUGUUCCUGCGCAUUCGGGGAUUGUUCCAAAUGAGGUAGCGGAUUCUUUGGCAAGAGAUGGAGCAAGAAUGCCAUAUAAUUGUGAAAAUAUUCAAUAUUAA